AUGGCUCCGUUUACAUUUCCCACUGAGGAAGUGACAUUCGCAGAUUUGCUUCUGCGCAGCGCGGAAUAUGCCAAAUCAGCGGAUCCUCUUCCAUUUGUGUCAGAAGCUCCCAAAAACUUUGUAAAGCCCACCGUUGCAAUAUUUGCUUGUUGUGAUUUUCGGUUUAGUCCUGAGGAAUACUUUAAAUUACGGAAAGGGGAAGCAUUUGUGAUAAGAACAGUGGGGGGCAAUGUACGACCGUAUCUUAACGAUUUGCUCUACCUGGAAGCUCUUCUCAAUAACGAGCUGCGGGAUAUUAUUAUCAUUCACCACGAAGACUGUGGGACAACCCGAAUAUCAGAGGAGAUGAUCAAAAACAAUAUCAAAGCCCAAACCUCAAAUCUUGACAGUGAAAUCGACAAGAUCAAAUUUUACAUGCAUGAUGGACAGAAUCUCGAGAAUAGCGUUCGAGCCGAAUUGAAGUUUAUCAGAGAAUCUCCCUACAUCCGUAAGGAUCUGACCGCUAAUGCGAGAGGCUUUGUGUUUUACUUGAAAACAAAUUCCCUUGAAGAGGUCAAGUGA